AUGGGAGAUAAAAUCAUAGAUACUAUUACGGUUAAGCUUAAUGAGAAAGGCAAGAAUUAUAGGCCCCGGUUACAUGUACAAGCUGCUCCCAAGUGUAGAUUAAGAAGGCAAGAUAGUGGAGGAACUAAGAAUUUGGCGGUUAUCAAAAAAUUCUUUAGGAAUGGCUUACGUUUUUCUAUUUUGAAUGAUCAAGAAAAUGAAAUGGGUAGAGCUUCACAAACAUCUAACGAGCAUUAA